AGAAAUCCGGGCUGUAGGAACGUCUGUCCUUCCUUGGGGAACAAAGCGCAAAGCACUUACCCGAGAAGCGGGGCUGUCGUUGGUUAUCUGGGGAGUGGUGUCAUCUCUUUUUACUCGUUCGGAGCCUCCCCCCAAGUUGGUUUUCCCUGAUAGCUAAAUCAUUGGGGUUCCUUCCCCACUUGAGUUGGUUUUCCCGAACCUGUCGGUACAAGAGUUUCCAGCGGAGUAAAGUUAGACUGAGGGUGUAUGCCAGCUCACUUGAUUCGCAGAAUAAGAAUAAAGGCUCUUUUGCCUUGCCUUCGCGGUUUUAAAAUACGAAAUGUUUUUACCCCAUCCUCGCAUUUAAGCCAGAAGCCAUAGCAAAUAGACUUCUUGAACCGAUUUGAGGCUGCCUCUUGUACAGAAUGAUUUCGACGUUGGUUUUGAUUGGUUUGGGUUUUGCCUUUCAGAAAGUGGUGGAGAGAGAGUUGGAUGCUCUCUUGGAACAGCAAAGCACCAUUGAAAAUAAGAUGGUUAGUCUGCACAGAAUGGGUCCCAACCUGCAGUUGAUUGAGGGGGAUGCAAAGCAGCUGGCUGGAAUGAUCACCUUUACCUGCAACCUAGCCGAGAAUGUGUCAAGCAAAGUUCGUCAGCUUGACCUGGCCAAGAAUCGCCUCUAUCAGGCCAUCCAGAGAGCUGAUGACAUCUUGGACCUGAAGUUCUGCAUGGAUGGAGUUCAGACUGCUCUGAGGAAUGAAGAUUACGAGCAGGCUGCAGCCCACAUUCAUCGCUACUUAUGCCUAGACAAAUCAGUCAUUGAGCUCAGCCGACAAGGCAAAGAAGGCAGCAUGAUUGAUGCCAACCUGAAAUUACUGCAGGACGCUGAGCAGCGUCUCAAAGCCAUUGUAACAGAAAAGUUUGCCAUCGCCACCAAAGAGGGGGAUCUGCCCCAGGUGGAGCGCUUCUUCAAAAUCUUUCCACUACUGGGUUUACAUGAGGAGGGAUUAAGCAAGUUCUCAGAAUACCUUUGCAAGCAGGUGGCCAGUAAGGCUGAGGAGAAUCUGCUCUUAGUGCUGGGGACAGAUAUGAGUGAUCGACGAGCUGCAGUGAUCUUUGCAGAUACACUUACUCUCCUGUUUGAAGGAAUUGCCCGCAUUGUGGAGACCCACCAACCAAUAGUGGAGACCUACUAUGGGCCCGGGAGGCUUUACACCCUGAUCAAAUAUCUGCAGGUGGAAUGUGACAGUCAGGUGGAGAAGGUGGUAGACAAGUUCAUCAAGCAGAGGGACUACCACCAGCAGUUCCGGCAUGUCCAAAACAACAUGAUGAGAAAUUCUGUAACAGAGAAAAUUGAACCAAGGGAACUGGACCCCAUCCUGACUGAGGUUACCCUGAUGAAUGCGCGCAGUGAGCUGUAUCUGCGCUUCCUCCGGAAGAGGAUCAGCUCGGAUUUUGAGGUGGGGGACUCCAUGGCCUCAGAGGAAGUAAAGCAAGAGCAUCAGAAGUCUCUGGACAAACUCCUCAAUAACUGCCUCUUGAGCUGCACCAUGCAGGAGCUAAUUGGCUUAUAUAUUACCAUGGAGGAGUACUUCAUGAGGGAGACUGUCAACAAGGCUGUGGCUCUGGACACCUAUGAGAAGGGCCAGUUGACGUCCAGCAUGGUGGAUGACGUCUUCUACAUUGUGAAGAAGUGCAUUGGAAGGGCUCUGUCCAGUUCCAGCAUCGACUGCCUCUGUGCCAUGAUCAACCUCGCCACCACAGAGCUAGAGUCUGACUUCAGGGAUGUUCUGUGUAACAAACUGCGGAUGGGCUUCCCAGCCACCACCUUCCAGGACAUUCAGCGUGGGGUUACGAGUGCCGUGAACAUCAUGCACAGCAGCCUCCAGCAGGGCAAAUUUGACACAAAAGGCAUCGAGAGCAAUGACGAGGCCAAGCUGUCCUUCCUGGUGACUCUGAACAAUGUGGAGAUCUGCAGUGAAAACAUCUCUACUCUGAAGAAGACUCUGGAGAGCGACUGCACCAGGCUCUUCAGCCAGGGCAUCGGAGGGGAGCAGGCCCAGGCCAAGUUCGACAGUUGCCUUUCUGACUUGGCUGCCGUGUCCAACAAAUUUCGAGAUCUCUUACAGGAAGGCCUGACCGAGCUCAACAGCACAGCAGUCAAGCCACAGGUGCAGCCCUGGAUCAACACUUUCCUCUCCGUCUCCCACAACAUCGAGGAGGAAGAAUUCAACGACUACGAGGCCAACGACCCUUGGGUACAACAGUUCAUCCUUAACCUGGAGCAGCAAAUGGCAGAAUUCAAGGCCAGCCUGUCGCCUGUCAUUUAUGACAGCCUGACCAGCCUCAUGACCAGCCUUGUUGCAGUUGAGCUAGAGAAAGUGGUGCUGAAAUCCACCUUCAACCGGCUUGGCGGUCUGCAGUUUGACAAAGAGCUGCGCUCGCUCAUCGCCUACCUUACCACGGUGACCACCUGGACCAUCCGAGACAAGUUUGCCCGGCUCUCCCAGAUGGCCACAGUCCUGAAUCUGGAGCGGGUGACCGAGAUCCUGGACUACUGGGGUGCCAACUCUGGUCCCCUAACAUGGCGCCUCACCCCUGCUGAAGUCCGCCAGGUGCUGGCUCUGCGAAUAGACUUCCGCAGCGAGGACAUCAAGAGGCUGCGUUUGUAGCUGCCGGGCCAGCCCACCUGGGCCAGGUGGCUUCAGGGUCGCUCUUGAAGCUACCUGGGGGAAUUCGGACAACUAGGACCUGCCACAGCAGGGAAACAGAGGCCUGCUGCUCCACUCUUUUACCCUCAGUCCUAGCUGGAUGCUGUUUCCUCAAAGCCUGAAGCCCCCAAGAGGGGCAGGCCAGCUUUGAGGGGGCAGCACUCCCUCACCCUCGGAUACUGCUGCAAGCAGGCUGCCCCUGCCUGCCUUUAGGAGAUUUGAAAAUUGGGUUAGAUCCAUAAUGUAAGGCUGUAAUGUUGAUAGUCAUCCUGAAUAAAGAUACUCCUUUGAGAAGGGCCA